AGCGUUGAUUUCGAUGAACAGUCAGCCAUCGUCAGCCGUCAGAUCAAUCGUCCCCAAUAUCUUAUCAUCCUCCUCCUCCUCCCCUCUCUCGCUCUCUGGGUUUUUGUGGCUGGAAUGGAAAAUGAGGUAGAGAGAGUUGUUGGUUUGCCUGAGCUGGGAGAGAAACCCAAUGCGGGAAAUGGGGCUUUGGAGGUUGCAGUAGAGGAGAGAGUUGUGGUGGCAGCUUCAGAUGAAUUGAUGGAGGUAGUAGAGAAGGAUGCUGUGGUUGAGGAGAAGGCGAAGGGUGGCGAGGUUGCUGUGGCCGAGUCCGCUGAAUUGAAGGUUUUGGAAGAUGAGGUGUUUGAGGAGGCGGUUGAUUCACAUGAGGAAUUGCCAAAGGAAGGAAUAAGGGCCGAGUUGGAAGCUGUUGAUGAUGCUAGUUCGGUGGUGGGCGUUGAGAAUUUGGGAACUGGAAAUGAAGCGGAGACAUUCGUGGAGGCAGUUGGUGUUCUUUCACAGGAUGUGAACUUAGAGAUUCCGACUCAGGCGGCAGUUGAGGAUAAGGUGGAAGUUUCUUCGAGCGGUGAGAGCAUUGAGCAAGUAAAUGUUCCUGAAGAGCGUGAGAACUCUGAGGAUGUGGCGUCAGUGGUAGUGGAAGAUAAGGUGGAAAUUUUGUUGGGUGAUGAGAGGAUUGAUCAAGUUGAUGAGCCUGUAGAGGUUGUGAACUCAGAGGAUGUGCCAUCAGUGUUUGUUGAAGAUAAGGUGGAAGUGUUGUUGGAUGGUGAGAGCAUUGAUAAAAUUGACGAGGGAGGGACUAGUAAGGAACAUGAUAUCAACGAGUCGAGUGAAGACACCACCCUGUCUGCAACUUAUGAAAAUAGAGAGAGUUUGGUUUCAAAUGGUGAAGCUAAGGUUCUGGUUACUUGUGAGGAAACUAUACUAAGCCAUGAGAUUCUUCUGCCCGGGGAAAGUGAGAAAAAUGAAGAGGACCCUGGCCUGCCUUCUGAAAACCUGGAUACCAAGGAUGUAGUUGAUGUUGUUGAUACAUUGAUUCGAGUGGAUGAGGACCCUGGCCUGCCUUCUGAAAACUUGGAAACCAAGGAUGUAGUUGAUGUUGUUGAAUCGUUGAUUCGAGUGGACGAGGGCAAAGAAGUGAAUGAGAAUGACAGAAAAUUGGAUACUGAAAUUAGGGAUGAUGACAAAGUUGAGGAACUGAAUCAUGAUGAUAUUGCAGUUACUGAUUCUGUUAAUAGUGUGGCCCUGGUCAAAACAGAUGAAAAUCAAGAAGAUAUUGUCAGCAAUGGGGAGCUCAAAUCGGCUGAAUCCUUAGCAAGUUGUGAGGAAGUGAAAGAUAUUUCAGUUGUUUUCGACACUCCCGUGCCGGAAGUAGCCGUUACACCGAGUUCAGUGGAAGAACUGGUUCUGGAAGAAGCAGGUACGCCUGUUUCUGUACCUCUUGAAUCGCCUGUGGUGAAAGAAGCAGCGGCAGAUACACCUGUCAGCUUAAUCCCAACUUCUUCAGAGAAGCACGAGGAUGAGAAGAAAAAAGAAGUUAUUCAGCCAUCAGUUUCUGUACCUCUUGAAACUGCUGCUGUGAAAGAAGCAGCAGCAGUUACACCUGACAGUUUAAUUGCGUCAACUUCAGAGAAGCGCGAAGAUGAGAAGCAAAAGGAAAUUAUUCAGCCUUCAGUUGUGGAAGAAAUUUCUAAUGGAGGGGAUAUAAAAACAGUUAUAGCAGAGGGAUCAGGAAAAAAUGUUGAAGCUCAUAAAACAGAAGAGAAGCAAGAGAUCGAGACUGGUCAUCGUUCAAAUGGGGUUCGUGGAGUUCAGCUUCCACCACCCAAGAUCGCAUCCACCUCUCAAAAACCUGGGCCUCCAGCUGGCCUCGGCCGAGCUGCUCCUUUGCUCGAACCUGCUCAGCGACCUGUGCAGCAGCAGCGUGUCAACGGGACCACCUCCAAUGCCCAAUCCCAACAGAUCGACGAGUCUGGCAAUGGCGAAGGAGAAGAGUUUGACGAGACUCGUGAGAAACUUCAGAUGAUUAGGGUGAAAUUUCUCCGUCUAGCACACAGGCUUGGCCAAACACCUCACAACGUUGUCGUGGCCCAGGUCUUGUACAGACUCGGAUUAGCCGAGCAGCUCCGUGGCAGAAAUGGUGGCCGAGUGGGUGCUUUCAGUUUUGAUCGUGCCAGCGCCAUGGCCGAACAGCUUGAGGCAGUUGGUCAGGAACCACUAGACUUCUCUUGCACCAUUAUGGUUCUCGGAAAAUCCGGGGUCGGCAAAAGUGCCACGAUCAACUCUAUAUUCGACGAGGUAAAGUUCGAUACAAAUGCUUUUCAAUCGGGAACUCAAAAAGUUCAAGCUGUUGUGGGAACCGUUCAGGGGAUUAAGGUGAAGGUCAUCGAUACGCCUGGACUACUCCCUUCAUGGUCCGAGCAGCGGCAGAACGAGAAGAUGCUAAAUUCAGUCAAGAAGUUUAUUAAGAACACGCCUCCAGAUAUUGUGUUGUAUCUCGACCGUUUGGACAUGCAGAGCAGGGAUUUUGGAGACAUGCCAUUGUUACGAACCAUAACUGAUAUAUUCGGUCCCUCGAUUUGGUUCAAUGCCAUUGUGGUCCUGACUCAUGCGGCUUCUGCUCCACCUGAGGGUCCGAAUGGUACUGUCUCGAGCUAUGAUAUGUUUGUUACUCAGCGGUCUCAUAUUGUUCAGCAGGCGAUUCGUCAGGCUGCAGGUGAUAUGCGACUGAUGAACCCUGUUUCAUUGGUGGAGAAUCAUUCGGCUUGCAGGACGAACCGUAAUGGGCAAAGGGUGUUGCCGAAUGGCCAGGUUUGGAAACCUCACUUGUUGCUUCUUUCCUUCGCGUCCAAGAUUCUUGCCGAGGCAAAUGCACUGUUGAAGUUGCAAGAUAGUCCACCCGGGAAGCCUCAUGUGGCUCGAUCAAGACCUCCUCCUCUGCCGUUCUUGCUCUCGUCGCUCCUUCAGUCGAGGCCUCAGGUGAAGCUUCCGACGGAGGACGACGGUGGUGAGGAUGAUGAUUCCGAUGAAGAUGAGCUGGAAGAGGAGGAAUCAGAGUACGAUCUGUUGCCGCCAUUCAAAAGCUUGACGAAAGCUCAGAUCAAGAAGCUGACUAAAGAUCAGAAAAAGGCUUACUUUGAGGAGUUGGAAUAUAGAGAAAAGCUCUUCAUGAGGAAGCAGUUGAGUGAAGAGAAGAGGAGAAGGAAGUUGAUGAAGCAAAUGGCUGCUGAGUACAGUGAUAGUAUUGCCGGAGGAGGAGAAGAAGAAGAAGAAGGGGGAGGAGGACCGGCAACUUCUGUCCCGGUCCCUCUCCCAGAUUUCGCCCUGCCUGCUUCUUUCGAUUCCGAUAACCCUACACACCGAUACCGUUCUCUCGACAACUCAAACAGAUGGUUCAUACGCCCGGUUCUCGAUUCUCAUGGCUGGGAUCAUGAUAUCGGUUAUGAUGGGAUCAAUGCCGAGAGGCUUUUUGUAGUAAAGGAGAAGAUUCCAGUGUCCUUCUCUGGCCAGGUGACUAAGGACAAGAAAGAUGCCAAUGUGCAAAUGGAGGUAGCGAGUUCAGUAAAGCACGGUAAAGGGAAGAAGAAGGCCACCUCGAUGGGUUUCGAUAUGCAGACGGUCGGAAAAGACUUGGCCUACACGCUCCGUGGAGAGACAAUGCUGGGAAGCUUCAAGAAAAACAAGGCAACAGCUGGCAUGUCAGUUACCUUAUUGGGGGACGCAUUGUCUGCCGGAGCAAAGUUCGAGGACAAGCUGGUUGUGAACAAGAGGUUCAGGAUGGUCGUGUCCGGUGGGGCCAUGACUGGACGUAACGACGUAGCGUAUGGUGGGAGUCUGGAGGCGCAGUUGAGAGAUAAGGACUACCCAUUGGGGCGUUCGUUGUCGACGCUGGGGAUCUCGGUCAUGGACUGGCAUGGUGAUCUUGCAGUGGGUUGCAACCUGCAGUCGCAGAUUCCGGUGGGGAGGUCGACGAACUUGAUAGCGCGCGCGAAUUUGAACAAUAAAGGUGCAGGGCAGAUCAGCAUGCGGCUGAACAGCUCGGAACAGCUGCAGAUUGCGUUGGUGGGAUUGUUUCCUCUGCUGCAGAAGCUGUUCUGCAUUCCCCAGCAGUUGCAGUAUGGACAAUGAAGAAAAAGAAGACUUGUAAUGAGGGAUCUCUUCCUUUCUCUUUUGUCUCUAUUUCUAUCUGAGUUUCUUGAAACAGGGCAAUGGUUAGAGUUGAUUUUGAGGAUAUAAUUCCCUUUUUUGCUUUUGGGUUAUAUCUUUUGUGGUAGAAUUGAUCGAUUUAUAGUUUCAUUUUGUUAGAUAUAUCUCCGCUUCUAAAUGUAGUGGUUUUGUUGCAGUAAAAGCCACUGAGCCAAGCAUAAUGAUGGGGUUUUCUCAAUAUGGAAAAUAAUGGGCCUUGUUUAGAAUCUAUUUUGGCUGUGAAAGGAUUGAUUCUCGCGUUUGUACAUUACUUCUCUUCCAUCUUCCAAAUGCUAGCUCAAUUGAUUAAAGUCAUGUUCAAAUGGUU